UAACAAACAAGUUGAACCUGUAAUUUUGUGGUCAAAAUAAUGUGUGUUCGCGUUUAACUUUCUCGAUACAAUCAGAUUUUUGGUGAUUCUUUUUUGUCUACCGGAUUAAUUUUCUGAGGCUCAAUAAGGCUAGUACUCAGAACAAUAGAGCCAGUAUAAAAACCAUUAUUGUCAGUGUCAAUGUGAUAAAAUGUCAAUUGUCAAUGUCAACAUAAUUGUUAAAGUUUAAGAUCUGUGGUAAGCAUUAUUUAGUUAAUUUUGCCGAAAAAUAUGCAUUAAAUAUUAUUUUUGUUGUUAAAUUAGUUAUUUAAAUUCAAAUAUUACUAAGUGAAAGACUGAAGCAAACUUUUGCGACAAAAUGUCUAAGUGGCAAUCAGAGAGGAGCAUCCACGAAAUGUUGAAAGACACGCCGCCGCUUCGCGAGUCCAGUGACUCGAUCACUUCGGGCACUGAAGCGAAGUUCCCGACUUCGCGGUCGAUGCCUUUUCCCCCGGCAUAUGCACCUCCAGAUGUGUCACAGAAUGGUGCGCAGGGCACGUCCACACUACUGCGGGCCGGCUCCACCAAGCUGGAGUCCAUCAAGAACUGGAGUGUCUCCACCUACAAGUGCACCAAACAACUGCUGUACGAGAAACUGGGCAAGAGCUCCCGCACUGUGGACACAGAGCUGGAGGCGCAGAUCGAGAUGCUGCGCGAGACGCAGCGCAAGUACAUGGGCGUGCUGCGGCUGAGCUCGGCGCUCACGGCGCAGCUGGCGGCGGCGGCGGGCACGCAGCGCGCGCUGGGCGAGGCGUUCGCGGAGCUGGCGCAGAAGUCGCCCGAGCUGCAGGCGCAGUUCCUGCACAACGCCGACACGCAGCGCUCGCUCACGCGCCACGCCGACGCGCUGCUGGCCGCGCUGCACUUCUUCAACAGCGCGCUGGCCACGCUCACGGGCCGCGCCAUGGAGGACACGCUGCUCACCGUGCGCCAGUACGAGGCGGCGCGCGUGGAGUACGACGCCUACCGCAGCGAGCUGGAGGCCAGCGGCGGCAACCCGCCCGAGCUGCUGCUGGCCGACAUCGAGCGCCACCGGCGGCACUACGAGCGCCUGCGCGACGACUCCGCCGUCAAGCUGCAGCUGCUGCACGAAAACCGGGUGAAGGUGAUGAACAAGCAGCUGCUGCUGUUCCACAACGCGGUGUCGGCGUACUUCAGCGGGAACAGCGUGGCGCUGGAGGCCGCCGUGCGCCACUUCAGCGUGCCGGGCCUGCCGCAGCACCCCGCGCCGCCGCAGCACCCGCCGCCGCUGCAGCACCCGCCGCCGCCCCCGCCGCGCUCCGCGUAGGACUCCGCCCCGAGGGCCCCGUCUGACGCAGGUCGGCCGACCACGUCGGACGCCGGCCCUCCGAGCCCGCUGUUGCCGACGUGAGCAUUCAACUACGGCAUGUGUUCGAUAUGAUCGGACGUACAUCCGUUUUAAACUUGUAUAUCGGAAGCUUAGUGCUUAGUGCAGACAUAAAUAGUUCUAGUGUUCCGUGUUCUGCAUUCUUUAUAAUGUUUGUAACUUAGCAGGCUAUCUUCAUAACGCUACAAUCGCGCAAAAUGCAGAACUCAGAACGCUUUCUGUAUGUGCGGUUUUUUUUUCUUAGAGAAAAAUUAAUACAUAACAAAUAGUGAGACAAUUUUUUGUCAAGUUCCAGUAUAUUUUGUUGUGUGAGAGUGCAAAUGUUGCUGAAAUAAAAGUAAAAAGUAAAAAAAUAAAUUAGCUUCUGUGUGGAGUGGAUAGGUUAUGUGACAUGGGUAAGCACACUAAUAUUAAAUGAUACAUCAAAAGAUAAUCUUAACUUUGAUAAUAUUGAAACUAUGCUGUGGGUAGGCAGGCAUAUGCACCCUUGCAGAUUGUCAUUGCAUUGUGAAAUAUGGAAGCUUAAUUAAUUAAUUUAUUUUAGCAAAAAUUUAAUUAUGACAGCAACAAGUGCAAGUCAUAAAGUGUCAUAAAGUGCAGUCGCAAAGUUUAGCAGCGGGCAAAGAAUUACAUAAAUAUAUUAUGUAUAUGAGUGUAUUGUGGUUCCAUGUAUUAUAGGUAUUAUAUUGUAGAGGACAAACUCAGAUUAACAUUGUAGUGUUUACAUGAUUAUGUUUUUAAUAAUAAAUAAACAAAUAGUAAUAAAUUAAAGAUUUUGAUGCACUUCAUUUAAUAAUAUAGAAAAUUCAUUCGUAAAAAUCGUUCUUUAUUAUUUAAUUUUAAAAAAUCCAAUUCACUAUUUUAAUGUAUUUAAAAUAGCACAUAUUUAUAAAUUAUUUACUGAUGUAACACAUAACUUGUAUAUUGCAAUUCAGUAUUUAGCCAAAUAAAAAUAAUAUUGGGACUUCAAUGAAAUCACCUCUUCUAGUCAUAUAUCUGUAGUAAUUAGAAUAAUAUAAUCAAAAAGUGACUUUAUAUUUAACUAUUUAGAAAUAAAUCAUCAAUUAGGCUCAAGAAAUUUCAUAAAUAAUGCUAACUUCAGAACUUUUAUUACCAUUAUUUUUUUUUUCUUUUAUUUUCUGUGAGAGGUGCUUGUCACUUGACAACAAAUAAAGAUAUAAUCUGAGAUAAUAGCUUAUUAAGCUAAAGCUUUUAAAAUAUGACAAAACAAAUGUAUUUGAUGGUUUGGUAUUGGACAUUUUUCUCCAAGCAUCUUAUAAAUAAGUAGCUAAAGAUUCUGUUAGUCGCCGUUAGGUUGAACCUUAUUGGUUGGUUGCGUAACAGUACUAGCCAAUCUGGUGAAGUUGUCAAGUUAACAAGUCAAAGUGAAACUGAUUGUAUAUUAUAUACUCAGAGGCACAAUUAUCCGCCCUCUUUAAAAUGACGCGAGUAUAUUAAAGUGGGCGGAUAAUUGUGCCUCUGAGUAUAUAUUUGUUUAGUUUUUCCUAAUACACUAUACUAUUUGACAAGGACUGUACAUUGUAAAAAUAAAUUUGACUGCUUUUAUCUUUUUAAGACCAAAAUAUAGUAUAAUGUUAUAUUUGUAAUGUAAUGGUACAUAGUUUCGUAUCAUAUUAGUGAUUUUCAUUCCAGUAAUCGUGAAUUAAUACUUAUAUGUUAGGAAAUAAUAAUUGCUUUAUUCAUAAGUUUCUGUUGAUGUAAAUCUGACAGGCCCCGCCUUAAUCUUCCCUGUGAACAAGUUUAUGUUUAUGGACCCUCUACCAAUGCCUGUUGGGCUUGCAAUGAGUAAAAUGUGUGAGAGAUGUUUUUAAUCAUAGAUUUAGAAGUUCAGAACUAUGUUUUUAUCAGGAAUUAGCGGACGACCGAGACUUCGUCCACGUGAAAUUUAGUUUUUCGUGAAUCCCGUGGGUACCAUGGAUUUCUCCGCGAAAAGCAGCCUAUGUGUUGAUCUAUAACCUCUUCUAUCUUACAGUGAAAGUUCCAUUUAAAUUCGUUCAGCCGUUCCAAAGAUUAGCUUGGAAAUACAGAAACACAAAGACAAAAAUUUUAAAAUGCUUGUUCAUGUAUUGUGUAAAUAGCUAUAAGCAUUUGAUAAAACAGUUGUAUAGAAAUCACAGACAGUCACUUAAAUUUUUUUUAUUUAUAUGUAUUGUUAGGAAUAUCCCAUCUGUGUGAUGAUGUAGUCUAAGUUUGCAUUGCAUUAUUUUGUAAGUAUAGUGAAAUUAGUGGCUCUAUGAUUUAUCAGAUAACAGUGUUUGUUUAUAAUAUUUAGGUUAAGAUUUAGCAGAUGUCUGUCAGUAUGUUCUAGGUCUAAGUAAUGACAAUAUUUCUUACUAAUAGCUUGGAUAUAAUAAAAAAAAAUAUUUGAAAACUCUUAACUAGUCAAAAUGCAUUUUAUUUAUUUAUUACAAUGAAAUACUAUAAAGUAUUUAUUACUUGUACUGUCUACUUUUUCUGUGAAUAUUUAUCAUCAGGAGUACAUACUUAAUAUUGUGUAAUGUAUAAUGUUUUUUUAUUAUAUUAAAAAUAAUAAAAAUGUAUUAAAUGAUCCUUAACAUUCGUGAUACAAGUUUGUAAAGUCGUUUGUUGAUUAAAUGGUAGAUUAUAGCCAUAAUGAUGAAAUACAAUACAUACAUAUUUGUAAACAGAAUAUGAAUGUGUCAUCAAUAGGCUAGUUGACACUUUUUUAUAUAUGGUCUUACAGCGGAAUUCAUAAACGUUGUAGGGGCACCCCAGGAGAUCAUUCACCUGCUAAGUGUCAAAUUCUCAAAUAAAUAGAGGUUAAAUUUGACACUCAGCGACUGAAUGAUCUCCUGGGGGUGCCCCUACAAUGUCUAUGAAUUCUACUGUUGAAUAGUUCAUUAUCUUUCUACUAGACUAAAAUUUUUUUUCAUAUUUUUUUGAGUCUAUUACAUAAAAUUUUUUAUUUUUAAAUAUGUUUUUGACAAUAUGAGCAAAAAUGCCUGUCUACUAUGACAGUUUCAACUGUUUCAUGAUGUCACUAAAAUAAAUCAACAAAAGAAGCGUUUGACAAAAAUAUUAUAUAACAAAUUAGUUUGACGUUUAGUACAUCAAGUGUGUUAGUGACGUCACAAAAUGGAUGACAGCGUUUUUGACAUUUAGAAAUGUUUAAUAAAUAUGUGAAAUCAAGUUUCCUAAGAAAUCCUUAACUUUUAUUAAUUAUUGAUAUAAUAUAUUUCGGACCCUUAUUAAACAAAACUAAUAUCAAAUUUAAUUUGAUAUGAAACAACUACCCUGUUAUAAUUUAGAGAGUUAAACAUUUUAAUUAUAUCAGUGCACAGUGUCAUUCUGAAAUUCAAGUAUAUUGUAGAUAAAAUAGUAGUUUGAAGAUGUAAAAGAAGUGUUGUUAUUGGCAGUCUUUACAAGCAGAUUGUGCAGUAAUGUUUAUUUUGAGUUUGCUUAACUUUGUUUUGCCACCAGUAUUGAUCUUUUUACUAUAAAGAUGUAAUUGUAAGGAAAAUAAUAUGUGUUGUAAAAUGAUAUUUAUAAAAUGUAAAAUAAAGUAUUAUAACAGA